AGUUGGUUCUUCCGGCUGCGCUCUGAUUGGUCAGUGUGUGAAAGAGGAAGUAAAACGUUGAUGGUCCCUCUUCAUCUGUUUGUGGGUGCUCUGGUAGCUGUGUGCACACCUUUGACAUUAUUUCCAAGGAGGGGGGAACCUACCAGUCGUCAACAUGUCGAGCAAAAGGGCCAAGGUGAAGAACACCAAGAAGCGUCCCCAGCGUGCCACCUCCAAUGUCUUUGCUAUGUUUGAUCAGUCUCAAAUCCAAGAGUUCAAGGAGGCUUUCAACAUGAUCGACCAAAACAGGGAUGGCUUCAUUGACAAAGAAGACCUUCACGACAUGCUGGCCUCAUUAGGUAAGAACCCCACAGAUGAGUACCUGGAAGCCAUGAUGAAUGAAGCACCAGGCCCAAUCAACUUCACCAUGUUCCUGACCAUGUUUGGAGAGAAGCUGAACGGCACAGAUCCAGAGGAUGUGAUCCGCAACGCUUUUGCCUGCUUCGAUGAGGAGGGCACUGGUAUGAUUCAGGAGGAGUACCUGCGGGAGCUGCUCACUACAAUGGGCGACAGGUUUACAGAUGAGGACGUUGACGAGUUGUUCCGUGAGGCUCCCAUCGAUAAGAAAGGCAACUUCAACUAUGUAGCAUUCACCCGUAUUCUAAAACACGGUGCAAAGGACAAGGACGAUUAGCACCCUGGAAGGUUAUUCUGUACUCCAUGUGCAUCUUUAAUGGGUUUCCAUUCCAGUUAGAACAGCUAUAUCCUGUAAUCUGGCUCAUGGCAAAGCUUCACUGUGGUACAGCCUACUGAAAGUCAUUGUUUAAGCUGCUUGUUGGACACCCCCAACCCUACUUUAAAAGCUCAUUUGCACAUCUGUGAUAACACUACUAAAGGGUCUAUAAAAGUUAGUAAAAAUUUACAAAAGGACCCUCAUGGAUAAAGCUGGAAAUAAUCGGACAAACGAUGUCUGUGAUUGUGACUGAAUCAGUAGUAUUUUGUAGGACAUUUUAAACUUUUGAGAUUAAACUGUGUUCUGAGGUGAA